GGUUCUCUGUUGGGUUUCUCUCAUAGAGCGUAUAUAAGGUUCUAUGGCCCUUCCAUAGUUGUGGACAUUUAUCCAGACCCUGAAUUUGUUCAUCACUAUAUUCAGAAACUUUAUCUUCUCAGACUUAUCCUACUUCUUCUUUUUAUCGGCACACAAACAACUUGAGAUUAUUUAACAUUUCCUAGAAUACUUAUCACAACUAAAAUGACAACGAAAGUGGAGUUGUCAUUCCAAGAAUCCUCAACUGUCAUGGGAAUUAAAUCUGUUGUUAAUAACCUUGAACAAGCUAUAACUCAGAAAAUGGAUAUCCUUAUGCUUUUGAACCCUCCGGAUACUGAAGCAAAAUCAGAGGAACACUCUGAUACCGACAUAACUGAUUCGAAAAUGGAUAUUGACAUUCAACACCAGCCUUCGACCUAUGUACAAGAGGUAUUCAGCGAACAUUCUUCAGAAUAUUUAUUCCAAUAUCAAGCCAGGCUCGAAAGAACCGAAGCUCAAAAUCAUGCUUGUCUCAAUACUACACGAAGUGGAAGAACACAACUUCCUCCGGCCCCUAUUCAUAGGCGUCCCAUGUCCUUCAAUCCGAUCAACAUCCCCCGGCAAAGAUUCACGAACCCCUAUCCUUUACCCCCAAUCUAUUCUCUUCCCGAUGACAAAUAUUACUCUCAACCUUCAACUCAUUGUCACCGUCAUGACCGCCACCAUCAUGAUCGCCAUCAGCUCCCCCGUCGUCGUCACUCCCAGCCGGUCACUUUAUCUGACAAGAAGAAGCCUCGGAGCAACAAGGCCUACUCGACUGAAGAGGUCGAUUUCAUUCGGUACCACAAAGAAGACUUGAACAAGCAUUGGCCUGAGGUUCUACUGUGCUUCAGACAGCACUUCAGAGAAUAUCAAAGAGAGUCAGAGCAAUGUCUUUCAUCGAGAUACUACAGGGAUAACAACAUCAAGAUGUACGAUGAAAGCGGCAGGGAAAUGCGAGAUGAGAAUGGAAGGACUAGAUAUAUCUCAGCCAAGGUUCGAAGAAGAGGAACCCCAGCAGGAAGAUUAGAAGGAAUACCAUACACUCUUGUGCAAAAGCAUCCAGAGAGAGCCAUGAAAUAUUCUUGGGUCUCGGAACAUCACAGGGUUGAAAUGAAAAGAUUAGCAGAAAUUAUGGCUGAUCAAGACCGAGAAAUAUUUAACUCGUUGAGAGCUCAGCAGUUGAGAAAGGAUGAAUUAGAAGGUGGCGCGGUUGAUACCACAUCAGAAUCCGUAGAAGAGUCCAUGGAUGAAUUCAGUGGUUAUGAAGGCUCACCGUCACCAUCCACCACUAAAUCUUCCCCUCGACAUUCCCCUUGAGUCAUUUUCUCGUUCAAUCAUCUGUUUUAUAUAAGCCUCUGGGGGAUUUAAAAGCCAGCGGUGUGUUCUCGAAAAGGUUUUUGGGUUUUGGGUCAUCUGCUUUUCACGAUGUUGGUUCUUGUUUUGUCAUUUAUUACAUCUGGUGUAUUGGUAUGCUUUACUGCGUGUUUAAAGUUGGGAACAUGGAUUGAUUCCCACGCACAUCAUGGUAUAAUGUUAGAUUUCUGCUAUUUGGUACAAAUUUAUGACAACGAAAUGACUUUAAUGAUUAGACA